UAGGAGCAGCGGUGGCCUGGCCUGGGCGCCGCCAUGUUGGAAGCUCAGGGCUCGAGCCAUGGAGGCGAGGUUCGGAAGUCGAGCGCCAGCCCGGCCAGCUCCGCUCGGCACAUGCUGGAAGUGCGGCCCGGGCUGUUCCUGGGUGGAGCAGCGGCCGUGGCGGAGCCAAACCACCUGAGGAAGGCGGGUAUCACCGCUGUGCUGACUGUUGACUCGGAACCCGGUUUCCAGGCGCGGGCUGGGUUCGAGGGUCUCCGGAGCCUCUUUGUGCCGGCGCAGGACAAACCCGAGACCGACUUGCUCAGCCACCUGGACCACUGCGUGGCCUUCAUCGGCCAGGCGCGCGCCGAGGGCCGUGCAGUGUUGGUGCACUGUCAUGCAGGAGUCAGUCGAAGUGUUGCUGUAGUGACUGCUUUUUUGAUGAAGACAGACCAACUUACCUUUGAAAAAGCCUAUGAAAACCUCCAGACUAUCAAGCCAGAAGCUAAGAUGAAUGAGGGGUUUGAAUGGCAACUGAAAUUAUACCAGGCAAUGGGAUAUGAAGUGGAUACUUCUAGUGCAAUUUAUAAGCAAUACCGUUUACAAAAGGUUACUGAGAAGUAUCCAGAAUUGCAGAAUUUACCUCAAGAACUCUUUGCUGUUGACCCAACCACCAUUUCACAAGGAUUGAAAAAUGACAUUCUCUAUAGAUGUAGGAAGUGCAGGCGAUCUUUAUUUCGCAGUUCUAGUAUUUUGGAUCAUAAUGAAGGAAGUGGGCCUAUAGCCUUUGCCCACAAGAGAACAGCACCGUCUUUCAUGGUGACCACGGGGAGUCAAGCUCAGUGUACAUCUUAUUUCAUUGAACCUGUACAGUGGAUGGAAUCUACUUUGUUGGGAGUGAUGGAUGGACAGCUUCUUUGCCCAAAAUGCAGUGCCAAGUUGGGUUCCUUCAAUUGGUAUGGUGAACAGUGCUCAUGCGGUAGAUGGAUAACCCCUGCUUUUCAAAUCCAUAAGAAUCGAGUGGAUGAAAUAAAAAUGCUGCCAGUUUUGGGAUCACAAAAGAAGAAAUUAUGAACUUGUGGCAUUGGGUAGCUUGGAAUAAGGCUUGUGAUAUCCCUCCUCUUGCUUAUCAUUCAUUGUUUUUAGGUUAGCAUUCCAUUUGGAAUGUCAGAAGAUAAUCACUUGAUGUAAUACAGAUAUAUGGUUUGGGAGGCUUAUUACAUGAUGCAAGUAAAGUGCUUGGCAAUUCAAGCUAUUUAAUCAUGUAAAUUGGCUUGAUUUGAUACUAAAAUCUUUCAUAAUCCAGAUAAUGUGUUACAUAAUUUUAUGCUUUUAAUUUUUUGUGAUGUUGGGAUCCAGCCCAUAGCUUUAAGCAUGUGAGGUAAGUGCUCUAUCCCUGAGCUACAGCCGCAAUCCCUCAUAUUUUUAAAAGCUCUGAUUUGUGGUAUGUUAAUUAUGUGAUAACUGAAGUCUAAAUGGAUAAAAUUGAUUGUAAAAAUGUGACACUGUCAGUAUCUAGAUAUUCUUUGGUUUUCAGAAAUACAAAGCAGAUUUACUUGG